ACAAGCUUCUGGGCUCGACAGUCGUCUGUUGAAAUAUUCUCCUCAGAUUCGGAAGCUGAGCGCUCUUUGAACGAUCCUGAUGAUAGCAGCAGUGUCGUUUCCCAAAGAUCUGGAAUGACUGAUGCUGGAAGUCAAAUGCAGCAACUGCAACUUAACAACUCCUGCAAAGAAAGAAGACGCACUAGAGCAGCUGCAAACAGAGCUGCUGAAACCAUUAACAAACGCAACUGGACGGAGGCACAAAAUCGCGGGACCAAGACAAGCAAAAAGAGUCAAGUAUAUGCCUGCCAUGUGGUCGGGUGUGAAGCUUGGCUUCAUCUCCACUGCCAGAGCGGCGCCUCUGACAGCCUUUCAAAUGGCCAAACUAAAGGCAGCAAUUCUAGAAACAACGCUGACCUGCAUUACGCCUGGCUUUAGGCCGCGGUUUGCAGGCUGUGUACCGCGCCAGUUGUGGAUGCUGCUCAUCUGCGUGGACAACAAUGCUGCGGACUGGGUAAGGAGCAACUUUGGGCAAAUCAAAGCCAACAGCUCGCUGGACAUUGAACUCUUGGAGGAGCAACAGUUCCCACAGGCGCAUCUCAUUCGUGGCUACUUCCACAACAGCUUGCAUUUGUCCAACGAGACGCUACUGGGCUAUAUAGAAGCUCAAAAUGAAAUCUCCACCAGGCAGUGGAGGGUUGUGCGACGCACAGUGGAAGGCGCCAUGCUACAUGCUGCUAUUCUGGUGGAUGAGGAGUCCUUGGUGACGCUGACCAGGUGGGCAGGCAAAAUAUGGUACUGCUUUGGCAGAACUAAGCUUAUACUACGAAACUCUUUUCUCAAAAACAAAGCAGCUAAUGAAACAUUUAAUCAGUCGCUUCCGAAUUCUCAUUAAUGCUGUUCCAUAUAGCAAAUUCUUUUUUAUGAAUUCCUUAAUUAAAUAUUAAGCUAAUGUUA